AACACACCCCUUGCGGUGUGUAUGCGGGGUUACGUAAACAAUUUGUGAUAAGUGAAUUGAUUAUACAAAUGGCUUCCCCCAGCUCGGGCAAGCCGGACCGCCGCUGCCGGCUCCGGCGCUGGUGCCGCAGCCGCCGCUGCCAGCUGUGGCGUUUGCUCUUACUGCCGUUCAUCCCCAUCCUCGCCCUGAUCGUGCAGACUACACUGUCACUGCGAAACAGCGUCACCAAUGGCAGAGAAGUCGCUGAUGUGGAAGAACAAGUGAGCAGAGCUACAGAACUGGGCAAGCUUGUGACGAGACUGCAGCAGGAGCGGUCAGAAGUGGCUUUUUUCAUCUUCACCAAUGGAAGUACUUUAAGAUCUAAUUUAUCAAUGCGUUUCACGAUGACUGACAACGCGCUGCUGCAAAUGGGGGACCUCCCGCUGCUCGCUUUCAAGAACAGACGCAAACCGGUCGAUGAAGAGACGUUUAGGACUGAACUCGGAGAACUCAGGGACAGCAUAUACACCGAAAAGUCCAUGAAUAUGACAGACGUAGUGGAGUGGUACACCAACGCUAACGCGGCGCUGCUCAACCAUCUCACUAAAGAAAUUAAGGACACAGACAGCAGUACCAUAUGGAGAUAUUUAGUUGGCUUCAAGAACAUCCUCCGGAGCAUAGAGUGCAAAGGCAUCGCGUCCGUUCUAGGAAUCAAUUACUUUGGGCGCGGUACAUUGCAACCGAGAGCACACGAAAGAUUCAUAGCACACCUGGUCCUUGGAAGAGAUCUACUGGACAACACCUUGAACUACGUGCCUUCGCUCAUACCACUGCAUGUGGACAUCAAAGAAGACAGCCCGGAGUACAAGGAGUUGGAAAAGAAGAACCAGUUAAUCGUGGACAACAGUCUCCAGACUGGGAACCUGACUGAGGCCAUAUCUUACUUCGACCAAACGACCACUCUGUUGGACAAGCUCCGCGCCGUCCAGAAACAACUACGGGGGUAUAUCAGGGAGGGAGUAACAGAGAGUUUGAGGGAGGCGCGCCGCAGCGAAGCAGUAUGCGCUGGCAUUCUGGUGCUAGUGUGUGUGGUGUCACCCAUCAUCAUCGCUCUCGUCAGGACAGCCGUCAAUACUAUUCAGGUUUACGCCACGAACUUGGCCGAGAAGGCACGAGAACUGGAAUAUGAGAAGGAGUUGAGCGACUCUCUCCUCUACGAGAUGCUGCCAGCCACCGUGGCUAAACAGCUGAAGCAAACCCAGCAGGUCCCGGCGGAAUAUUUUGCCUCGGUGACUGUCUACUUCAGUGAUAUAGUCGGGUUCACUGCAAUUGCUGCCGUGUCCACUCCUUACCAGGUCAUUAGUUUCCUGAACUCAGUUUACAAGUUGUUCGACGACCGUAUCGAGUGCUACGACGUCUACAAAAUCGAAACCAUCGGCGACUCCUACAUGGUUGCUUCUGGGUUGCCGGUCAGAAACGGCAACAAACAUGCCACGGAGAUUGCGAGUAUGGCGCUAGAGCUGCUAGCGGCCACGGCACACUGCAGGCUGCCACACCGUCCCGAUCAGACGUUAUGCAUGAGAAGCGGCAUUCACACAGGGCCGUGUGUCGCGGGGAUUGUCGGAAGCAAGAUGCCGCGAUACUGCCUCUUUGGAGACACCAUCAAUACGGCUAGUCGCAUGGAGAGUACUAGCGAACCGAUGAAGAUUCAAAUCUCCGACGACGUGAAGAGAGCUCUGGACCGGAACGGCCGGUUUAUCACAUCCCCUCGAGGAGUAGUUGAUGUCAAGGGCAAGGGUGAGAUGGUGACGCAUUGGCUAGAGGGCCGGUCGGGCCCGUCGCCCGUCCGUCUCUCCUCGGGCCUGGAUACCAGCGCCCCCAGCUUCCUCGCACGCAUCCAUUCGCAGCGAGGCCGGGACAACAGAUCACAUUAA